CAACCUCUGCGUGCGCCACGGCGGCCAAAAGACGUGCCAGUUUGAGGGCUGCUGCAUGAACGCGCGCAUCCGCGGCUUCUGCUACAAGCACGGCGGCAAGGACAACCGCCGCCGGUGCGCCGUCGACGGCUGCACGCGCAACGCCGCGUACGACCACAAGUGCAUCGCCCACGGUGGCGGCCGGCGCUGCACGACGGAAGGCUGCUCGGCGCACGUGCGCAAGCAAGGGCUCUGCGGUCGGCACUACCGCCAAACGAUGGGCGACGUCGACGCCAAGACGGUGCUCCUUUCGCCGUGCUCGGCGACAUCGUCCGCGUCGUUCCUCGAUGCGCUCUUCCAGGACCUCAUCGAGGACGAAGCCAAGGAGGCGAGUUCAGUCAAGACCGAGCCCGUCUCGCCGCAGCAAUAUGCGUGGCCGGCGGUGCUGUGGACGGACGAGUGGCUCAAGGCCGGCGACUGCUGAGAAGAAGAAGCUGUAGCAUUAGUACAUGGAGUUGCAUCACGUCUAGUUUAUUUACCCUCAAGCAUGUUCAUUCCGAUUCAA